AUGAUAAAAAUUCCUUUAAUUGGAAGUGAUCUUCGAUUCGAUGAAGUUUCAAUUCGUGCAAUAAAAAUAUUUGAGUAUUUUGACAAUGCUGUGGAUCAAAUCUUUAAUACAAUUGAUGCUAGAAUUGAGAAAAAUAUGACAAGAAUCGGUGAAAUUAAUACUCGAUUAGAAAAGGCAUCAGAAAAAAUUGAAAAAUUAAAGACAAGUAGGAAGGCAAUUCAGAUGUUUUCACCAGCUCGGUAUCCAGUUGAAGAACCAAAAAAGUUUAAACCAACUUUUGAUUUAACUUUUCAACCUGGAGAAAUAGAUUUGCACUAUAAAUUAGAUUUGCCUUUGGAGAGAACAGACUACAAGCAGUAUGGAGAUAAGUUACAAUUUUUCCAUCUUAAAUCACCAAAAAGAGAAGUUCCGAAGCAACCGGAUUUGAUUUUUAACAUCACAUCCAUCAAUUCUCUCAUUACUUUUGUCAAUAAUGAAAAUCUAUAUUUGAAAGACUCGAUGAAAUCUAAAGAAAAUCAGUUGCAACCUGUUGAGCAAAAAAUCGAUGAUUACACAACAGAUUUCAGCCGAUUCUCAACAAUGAUUAGAACAAAGCAGCAUGGAGACAAUUUUCAUUACCUUCCAUCAUUUAAUCAAGCACCAGAAUUUGAGUUUCCAUUAGAUCUUCCAGAUCUUGAAGGAAUUGCUGGAGAUAUUUCAUUUUCAGUGCCUGAUGAGGAACUUAUUGAGCCUACAUUCCGUACUAUGAAUAUUGUCAAUGAUUUACCAAAUGUUGCAGAACUAAUGGAAACAAAAAAGACAGAACAACCAGCAAUUAUUCAACCUCCAUCAAUUCCAGCAGAUAUUCCACUUCCUGUACCACCACCGCCCCCUCCAAUUCCUCAAAUGUUAAUCCCACCUCCACCUCCUCCUAUGCCAAUAAAUAUAUCAACAUCGACUCCUGCAGCUCCACCAAUUCCACAAGCUGACGAUGCUCGAUCAUCAUUAAUGAAAGCAAUUCGUGAUGCAGCAGGUAAAGCAAAAACUAAAAUGAAGUCAGUUCCUGCAGCUGAUGAACAGCCAUCAGAAAAUGAUAAGAAACCAAAGCAACAACCACCAGCACUUGAUCUCAUGAGUGAUUUACAUCAAAAAUUGAUGCUGCGACGAAAAGGAAUUGCUGGAUCAAAAGAGGCAAAAAAGGAAAAGUCAUCGAUGAUGGCUAAAGUAAGUUCCUUGAUUCCGCCUCCACCAAAGAAGCCACCAAGUAGUGAUGACAGUAAUUCAAGUGAUAGUGAUAGAAAUGAUGAUGAUGACUGGAAUUGAUUGGAUGUGAUGCAAUUUAA